AUGAAUGCACAGAGUGACCUGAUGAAUGCACAGAGUGACCUGAUGAAUGCACAGAGUGACCUGAUGAAUGCACAGAGUGACCUGAUGAAUGCACAGAGUGACCUGAUGAAUGCACAGAGUGACCUGAUGAAUGUACAGAGUGACCUGAUGAAUGCACAGAGUGACCUGAUGAAUGUACAGAGUGACCUGAUGAAUGCACAGAGUGACCUGAUGAAUGCACAGAGUGACCUGAUGAAUGUACAGAGUGACCUGAUGAAUGCACAGAGUGACCUGAUGAAUGCACAGAGUGACCUGAUGAAUGCACAGAGUGACCUGAUGAAUGUACAGAGUGACCUGAUGAAUGCACAGAGUGACCUGAUGAAUGUACAGAGUGACCUGAUGAAUGUACAGAAUGACCUGAUGAAUGCACAGAGUGACCUGAUGAAUGUACAGAGUGACCUGAUGAAUGCACAGAGUGACCUGAUGAAUGCACAGAGUGACCUGAUGAAUGCACAGAGUGACCUGAUGAAUGCACAGAGUGACCUGAUGAAUGUACAGAGUGACCUGAUGAAUGUACAGAGUGACCUGAUGAAUGCACAGAGUGACCUGAUGAAUGUACAGAGUGACCUGAUGAAUGCACAGAGUGACCUGAUGAAUGUACAGAGUGACCUGAUGAAUGCACAGAGUGACCUGAUGAAUGCACAGAGUGACCUGAUGAAUGUACAGAGUGACCUGAUGAAUGUACAGAGUGACCUGAUGAAUGCACAGAGUGACCUGAUGAAUGCACAGAGUGACCUGAUGAAUGCACAGAGUGACCUGAUGAAUGUACAGAGUGACCUGAUGAAUGUACAGAGUGACCUGAUGAAUGCACAGAGUGACCUGAUGAAUGUACAGAGUGACCUGAUGAAUGUACAGAGUGACCUGAUGAAUGUACAGAGUGACCUGAUGAAUGCACAGAGUGACCUGAUGAAUGCACAGAGUGACCUGAUGAAUGUACAGAGUGACCUGAUGAAUGCACAGAGUGACCUGAUGAAUGCACAGAGUGACCUGAUGAAUGCACAGAGUGACCUGAUGAAUGUACAGAGUGACCUGAUGAAUGCACAGAGUGACCUGAUGAAUGCACAGAGUGACCUGAUGAAUGUACAGAGUGACCUGAUGAAUGCACAGAGUGACCUGAUGAAUGCACAGAGUGACCUGAUGAAUGCACAGAGUGACCUGAUGAAUGCACAGAGUGAUCUGAUGAAUGCACAGAGUGACCUGAUGAAUGUACAGAUGCCUUUACUUCAUUUAUAUUGUUUCACUCUGCGUCACUCUGCACUCACUCUGCGUCACUCUGCGUCACUCUGCGUCACUCUGCGCACUCUGUCACUCUGCACUCACUCUGCACUCACUCUGCACUCACUCUGCGUCACUCUGCGUCACUCUGCGUCACUCUGCACUCACUCUGGUCACUCUGCACUCACUCUGCACUCACUCUGCACUCACUCUGCACUCACUCUACACUCACUCUGCGGUCACUCUGCACUCACUCUGCGUCACUCUGCACUCACUCUGCACUCACUCUGCACUCACUCUGCGGUCACUCUGCGUCACUCUGCGUCACUCUGCACUCACUCUGCACUCACUCUGCGGUCACUCUGCACUCACUCUGCGUCACUCUGCACUCACUCUGCACUCACUCUGCACUCACUCUGCACUCACUCUGCACUCACUCUGCACUCACUCUGCACUCACUCUGCGUCACUCUGCACUCACUCUGCGGUCACUCUGCGUCACUCUGCACUCACUCUGCACUCACUCUGCGUCACUCUGCACUCACUCUGCACUCACUCUGCACUCACUCUGCGUCACUUUGCACUCACUCUGCACUCACUCUGCGGUCACUCUGCGUCACUCUGCACUCACUCUGCGUCACUCUGCACUCACUCUGCGUCACUCUGCACUCACUCUGCACUCACUCUGCGUCACUCUGCACUCACUCUGCACUCACUCUGCGUCACUCUGCACUCACUCUGCACUCACUCUGCGUCACUCUGCACUCACUCUGCACUCACUCUGCGCUCACUCUGCGCUCACUCUGCACUCACUCUGCACUCACUCUGCACUCACUCUGCGUCACUUUGCACUCACUCUGCGUCACUCUGCGUCACUUUGCACUCACUUUGCACUCACUCUGCGUCACUCUGCACUCACUCUGCGGUCACUCUGCGUCACUCUGCACUCACUCUGCACUCACUCUGCGUCACUCUCACUCUGCACUCACUCUGCACUCACUCUGCACUCACUCUGCGUCACUCUGCACUCACUCUGCGCUCACUCUGCACUCACUCUGCACUCACUCUGCACUCACUCUGCACUCACUCUGCACUCACUCUGCGUCACUCUGCACUCACUCUGCGGUCACUCUGCGUCACUCUGCACUCACUCUGCACUCACUCUGCGUCACUCUGCACUCACUCUGCACUCACUCUGCACUCACUCUGCACUCACUCUGCGUCACUUUGCACUCACUCUGCACUCACUCUGCGUCACUCUGCGUCACUUUGCACUCACUUUGCACUCACUCUGCACUCACUCUGCGUCACUCUGCACUCACUUUGCACUCACUCUGCACUCACUCUGCGUCACUUUGCACUCACUUUGCACUCACUCUGCACUCACUCUGCACUCACUCUGCACUCACUCUGCGUCACUCUGCACUCACUUUGCACUCACUCUGCGUCACUCUGCACUCACUCUGCACUCACUCUGCACUCACUCUGCGUCACUCUGCACUCACUCUGCACUCACUCUGCACUCACUCUGCGUCACUUUGCACUCACUUUGCACUCACUCUGCACUCACUCUGCACUCACUCUGCACUCACUCUGCACUCACUCUGCACUCACUUUGCACUCACUCUGCGUCACUCUGCACUCACUCUGCGUCACUCUGCGUCACUCUGCACUCACUCUGCACUCACUCUGCACUCACUCAGCGUCACUCUGCGGUCACUCUGCGGUCACUCUGCGGUCACUCUGCACUCACUCUGCGUCACUCUGCACUCACUCUGCACUCACUCUGCACUCACUCUGCGUCACUCUGCACUCACUCUCCACUCACUCUGCACUCACUCUGCGUCACUCUGCACUCACUCUGCACUCACUCUGCACUCACUCUGCACUCACUCUGCGGUCACUCUGCGUCACUCUGCGUCACUCUGCACUCACUCUGCACUCACUCUGCGUCACUCUGCACUCACUCUCCACUCACUCUGCACUCACGCUGCGUCACUCUGCACUCACUCUGCGGUCACUCUGCGGUCACUCUGCGUCCCUCUGCACUCACUCUGCGUCACUCUGCACUCACUCUGCACUCACUCUGCACUCACUCUGCACUCACUUUGCGUCACUCUGCGUCACUCAGCGUCACUCUGCACUCACUCUGCACUCACUCUGCGUCACUCUGCACUCACUCUGCACUCACUUUGCGUCACUCUGCGUCACUCUGCACUCACUCUGCACUCACUCUGCGUCACUCUGCACUCACUCUGCACUCACUCUGCGUCACUCUGCGUCACUCUGCACUCACUUUGCGUCACUCUGCAUUCACUCUGCACUCACUUUGCGUCACUCUGCGUCACUCUGCACUCACUCUGCACUCACUCUGCACUCACUCUGCGUCACUCUGCACUCACUCUGCACUCACUCUGCACUCACUCUGCGUCACUCUGCACUCACUCUGCACUCACUCUGCACUCACUCUGCGUCACUUUGCACUCACUUUGCACUCACUCUGCGUCACUUUGCACUCACUUUGCACUCACUCUGCACUCACUCUGCACUCACUCUGCGUCACUCUGCACUCACUCUGCACUCACUUUGCGUCACUCUGCGUCACUCUGCACUCACUCUGCACUCACUCUGCGUCACUCUGCGUCACUCUGCACUCACUUUGCGUCACUCUGCACUCACUCUGCACUCACUCUGCACUCACUCUGCACUCACUCUGCGUCACUCUGCGCACUCACUCUGCACUCACUCACUCACUCUGCGUCACUCUGCACUCACUCUGCACUCACUCUGCGUCACUCUGCGUCACUCUGCACUCACUCACUCUGCACUCACUCUGCGUCACUCUGCGUCACUUUGCACUCACUUUGCACUCACUCUGCACUCACUCUGCGUCACUCUGCACUCACUUUGCACUCACUCUGCACUCACUCUGCGUCACUUUGCACUCACUUUGCACUCACUCUGCACUCACUCUGCACUCACUCUGCACUCACUCUGCACUCACUCUGCACUCACUCUGCACUCACUCUGCACUCACUCUGCACUCACUCUGCACUCACUCUGCACUCACUCUGCGUCACUCUGCACUCACUCUGCACUCACUCUGCACUCACUCUGCGUCACUCUGCACUCACUUUGCACUCACUCUGCACUCACUCUGCACUCACUCUGCACUCACUCUGCACUCACUCUGCACUCACUCUGCACUCACUCUGCACUCACUCUGCACUCACUCUGCACUCACUCUGCACUCACUCUGCACUCACUCUGCACUCACUCUGCACUCACUCAGCGUCACUCUGCGGUCACUCUGCGUCACUCUGCACUCACUCUGCACUCACUCUGCGUCACUCUGCACUCACUCUGCACUCACUCUGCACUCACUCUGCGUCACUCUGCAUCACUCUGCACUCACUCUGCACUCACUCUGCGUCACUCUGCACUCACUCUGCACUCACUCUGCACUCACUCUGCACUCACUCUGCGUCACUCUGCACUCACUCUGCACUCACUCUGCACUCACUCUGCGUCACUCUGCACUCACUCUGCUCGCACUCACUCUGCACUCACUCUGCGUCACUCUGCACUCACUCUCACUCAUCUGCACUCACUCUGCGUCACUCUGCACUCACUCUGCGGUCACUCUGCGUCACUCUGCGUCCUCUGCACUCACUCUGCACUCACUCUGCACUCACUCUGCACUCACUCUGCACUCACUCUGCACUCACUCUGCACUCACUCUGCGUCACUCUGCGUCACUCUGCGUCACUCUGCACUCACUCUGCACUCACUCUGCGUCACUCUGCACUCACUCUGCACUCACUCUGCACUCACUCUGCGUCACUCUGCACUCACUCUGCACUCACUCUGCACUCACUCUGCGUCACUCUGCACUCACUCUGCACUCACUCUGCGUCACUCUGCGUCACUCUGCACUCACUUUGCACUCACUCUGCAUUCACUCUGCACUCUGCACUCUGCGUCACUCUGCUCACUCUGCACUCACUCUGCACUCACUCUGCACUCACUCUGCGUCACUCUGCACUCACUCUGCACUCACUCUGCACUCACUCUGCGUCACUCUGCACUCACUCUGCACUCACUCUGCACUCACUCUGCGUCACUUUGCACUCCUUUGCACUCACUCUGCACUCACUCUGCGUCACUUUGCACUCACUUUGCACUCACUCUGCACUCACUCUGCACUCACUCUGCGUCACUCUGCACUCACUCUGCACUCACUCUGCACUCACUCUGCACUCACUUUGCGUCACUCUGCGUCACUCUGCACUCACUCUGCACUCACUCUGCACUCACUCUGCGUCACUCUGCACUCACUUUGCGUCACUCUGCACUCACUCUGCACUCACUCUGCACUCACUCUGCGUCACUCUGCACUCACUUUGCACUCACUCUGCGUCACUCUGCACUCACUCUGCGUCACUCUGCGUCACUCUGCACUCACUUUGCACUCACUCUGCACUCACUCUGCACUCACUCUGCACUCACUCUGCACUCACUCUGCACUCACUCUGCUCACUCUGCACUCACUCUGCACUCACUCUGCACUCACUCUGCACUCACUUUGCACUCACUCUGCACUCACUCUGCACUCACUCUGCGUCACUUUGCACUCACUUUGCACUCACUCUGCACUCACUCUGCACUCACUCUGCGUCACUUUGCACUCACUUUGCACUCACUCUGCACUCACUCUGCACUCACUCUGCGUCACUCUGCACUCACUCUGCACUCACUCUGCGUCACUCUGCACUCACUUUGCACUCACUCUGCGUCACUCUGCACUCACUCUGCGUCACUCUGCGUCACUCUGCACUCACUUUGCACUCACUCUGCGUCACUCUGCACUCACUCUGCACUCACUCUGCACUCACUCUGCACUCACUCUGCGUCACUUUGCACUCACUUUGCACUCACUCUGCACUCACUCUGCGUCACUUUGCACUCACUUUGCACUCACUCUGCACUCACUCUGCACUCACUCUGCGUCACUUUGCACUCACUUUGCACUCACUCUGCACUCACUCUGCACUCACUCUGCGUCACUCUGCACUCACUCUGCACUCACUCUGCGUCACUCUGCACUCACUUUGCACUCACUCUGCGUCACUCUGCACUCACUCUGCGUCACUCUGCGUCACUCUGCACUCACUUUGCACUCACUCUGCGUCACUCUGCACUCACUCUGCACUCACUCUGCACUCACUCUGCACUCACUCUGCGUCACUUUGCACUCACUUUGCACUCACUCUGCACUCACUCUGCGUCACUUUGCACUCACUUUGCACUCACUCUGCACUCACUCUGCACUCACUCUGCGUCACUCUGCACUCACUCUGCACUCACUCUGCGUCACUCUGCACUCACUUUGCACUCUGCGUCACUCUGCACUCACUCUGCGUCACUCUGCACUCACUUUGCACUCACUCUGCGUCACUCUGCACUCACUCUGCGUCACUCUGCACUCACUCUGCGUCACUCUGCGGUCACUCUGCACUCACUCUGCGGUCACUCUGCACUCACUCUGCACUCACUCUGCACUCACUCUGCGUCACUCUGCACUCACUCUGCGUCACUCUGCACUCACUCUGCACUCACUCUGCGUCACUCUGCACUCACUCUGCACUCACUCUGCGUCACUCUGCACUCACUUUGCACUCACUCUGCACUCACUCUGCGUCACUCUGCACUCACUCUGCGUCACUCUGCGGUCACUCUGCACUCACUCUGCAUCACUCUGCACUCACUCUGCACUCACUCUGCACUCACUCUGCGUCACUCUGCACUCACUCUGCGUCACUCUGCACUCACUCUGCACUCACUCUGCGUCACUCUGCACUCACUCUGCACUCACUCUGCACUCACUCUGCGCUCACUCUGCACUCACUCUGCACUCACUCUGCGCUCACUCUGCCUCACUCUGCUCACUCUGCGUCUCACUCUGCGCUCACUCUGCACUCACUCUGCACUCACUCUGCGUCACUCUGCGCUCACUCUGCACUCACUCUGCGUCACUCUGCGUCACUCUGCACUCACUCUGCACUCACUCUGCGGUCACUCUGCGCUCACUCUGCACUCACUCUGCGUCACUCUGCACUCACUCUGCACUCACUCUGGGUCACUCUGCGUCACUCUGCGUCACUCUGCACUCACUCUGCACUCACUCUGCGUCACUCACUCUGCACUCACACUGCAGCUCACUCUGCGUCACUCUGCACUCACUCUGCACUCACUCUGCACUCACUCUGCGUCACUCUGCGUCACUCUGCACUCACUCUGCACUCACUCUGCGGUCACUCUGCACUCACUCUGUGGUCACUCUGCGGUCACUCUGCGUCACUCUGCGUCACUCUGCACUCACUCUGUGGUCACUCUGCAGAUGCCCCUGAUGCCCCGCCACACAGAGCUGCCCCUGAUGCCCUGCCACAUAGAGCUGUGGGGCAAAACACCACAGAGGAAACUAGAAAUAAUUGGCCGUGCCUCCCCCGUCUCUCCCCCGUCUCUCCCCCGUCUCUCCCCCGUCCUCCCCCGUGUCUCCCCCGUCUCUCCCCCGUCCUGCUCGGCCACAGACAUAAUUAACACUGGCCUCGCGCUGAGGCCUGGAGAAGAAAUCUGCUGUUUGGGCAGAAAAACGAGCGGUAACAUAUUGUGGCGGCGCUGCUCCUUCGCUCACGCUAAGACCGUAAUGAACCCACGCAAAGACCGUAAUGAACCUGCGCAAAGACCGUAA